AUGCGGCGGAAUGACGUCAGCGCGUGGCGGACCGCCAACGAAUUCACCAGCCGCAGCUGCGAGGAGGGGGAUGGCGCGGGGAGAGUUGGGGGGCAUGGCGCGGGGAGAGGGGGGAGGCAUGACUCGGGGGGAGAUUCUUACAGGGGUGACGCGUGGUGCAAUGGGGUUGGAGUGGGUGGUGAAGAGGGAGAUAAAGAUCGCAUGGGUGGUCGGGCACGAGAGGGACCGCAGCCGCAGGGGCAGUACUCUGCUCUGCCUUCUCAACCGCCGCCACAUUUUUAUGGGGAGACGGCCUUUGAGGCGUCUCAAGAGCAGCAGGAGCGUGCGUGGCGCCACCAGGGGGGGUGCUCUGCCCUCCCCUCCCAGUCUCUUCCACCACAUCCCUACAGAGAGACGGAAUUUGAGGCGCCCCAAGAGCUGCAGGAGCGUGCUUCAAUGGGGGCGAGUUUUGACACUGUGGAGUGUGCUGACGGCGGCGCUCCAAUGGCAGUGCGCCACGUGGCGGAGCUGUCGCCGUCCCUGCACAGGCACCCCGAGGGAUGGGAUGCAGCGCUGAUGCGAUCCCUGGAGGCGGAUCCUCUAGGGGAGCAUGGUGGGGGGAUGGAAGGGGGACGAGCGAGGGGGGAUGGAGCAGGGGCGCUGAUGCGAACUCUGGAGGCGGAUCCCCUAGGGGUGCAUGGUGGGGGGAUGAUCAGUGCAGGGGUGGAUGGGGGAGGGAUGAAUGGCGCAUGGGUGAACGGUAGAGGGGUGAAUGGAGCAGGGAUGCAUGGUGGAGGGGUGGAUGGUGGAAGGGUGAAUGGUGGUUGCAUGCAUGGUGCAUCGCCCCCUCACCACUCCUCUCCUGCAGAGCUCCUCUCGUCGCCAGCGCCUCUAACCCCGCCUGUGCCCUGCUGCCUCGCGGCCACAUGCCCAACUCACACCCCUUCUCAUUCCGCUCGCUCUCAUCCUGCCCCUCCGGCUGCACCUCCCCACCAUGCGGCACACAACGCCUGUCAGCCCGGGUCCCCUCGUCCCACCCACAAGCCGUCCCCUGCCCCUUAUCCUACUCCCACUCACGUCUUCCCUUCUCGAACCUCCUCCUCCUCCUCUGUUCGCCCUCCCAUCUCGUCACCUCUCCCGCCCGCCUCCUCUCCUGCUGCUUCCUCUGCACCGGGCUCGCAGCAGCCUUCCUCUCGUCACAGUACGAGUCGGAGUUCUAUUCCAACGAGGUACAAGUCGCAGUUCUAUUCCAACGUGGUGCAUCACAGCGGCAUCAUCUCAUGGGGCGAGUAUGAAGGGCAGUACGAGUCGGAGUUCUACUCCAACGUGGUGCACCAUCGAGGCAUCAUCUC